GUCCUCCCAUUCUCACCGCGCAUGUGUGGCUCAGGGAGCGCUCAGCGCGGCGAUCGGCAGCGCGCUGUGUCCCUCGGACACAGCGGAUCACUGAUCACGGAAAGAGCCGAAGAUGUCGGCUCUGUCAUGUGAUCAGCUGUGUCCAAUUACAGCUGAUCACAUAUCAGUGUGCCCUGAUGAUCAGUGUAGUCCCAGCAGCGCCACCUGUCAGUGUCCAUCAGUGCCCUUGUCAGUGCUCAUCAGUGCCUCAUGCCAGUGCCCAUCAGUGCCACAUAUCAGUGCCCACCAGUGCACAUCAAUGCCACAUAUCAGUGCCCAUCUGAACUGCCUUUCAGUGUCACCCAUCAGUGCCAGUCAGUGCCACCUAUCAAUGCCAAUCAGUGCCACCUAUCAGUGCUGCCGAUCAGUGCCGCCUAUCAGUGCGCAUCAGCGCCGCCUAUCAGUGCGCAUCAGGGCCUCCUAUCAGUGCCGGUCAGUACCGCCUAUCAGUGCCAGUCAGUGCUGCCUAUCAGUGCCAUCUAUCAGUGCCAUCUAUCAGUGCCAUCUAUCAGUGCUGCCUUUCAGUGCUCAUCAGUGAUGCCUGUCAAUUCCCAUCAGUGCCACCUACCAGUGCCUCCUCAUCAGUGCCACCUAUCAGUGUCCAUCACUGCAGCCUCAUUAACGCAUAUCAGUGAAGGAGAAAAAUCACUUAUUUACAAAAUUUUAUAACAAAAACUAAGAAAAAACGUUUGUUUUUUUUCAAAAUUUUCAAUAGUUUUUGGUUUGUUUAAGAAAAAAUAA